AUGCCGACUAAUCUUCCUUCGAGCUUUGCCUCGGCUGCCGCUGGCCAAAACCCCAACUCUAGAAGUGGAAGAGCUGAUGGGAGGGGAGCUGUUGCUGGAGACUGGGCGAGGCGAGAUGGUCGUUCGACUAAUGGCACUCUCACCUUCCGACGGUCAUCCACGACUCCUUUGGGCCAGCCUUCUAUACAGCCACCUGCCUCGACCGACAAUGCAGUUCAGCCUCCAGCCACCGUCGAGCCCUCUAUUACACCUGUCCCCGCGACCACGUCGAACUAUGACCUACCUCCUGCACGUUAUACAAAGGAGGACCUUCUAGACAUGUUCCAGGUGCAAAAACCGGGCGAAGACGCAUCUCGACUUUUUGCAUCCGGCUGGAAUCCAGGUCAGAUUAAUGGACACGCUGCUAGAGGGUGGGGAAAAAGCAACGACAACCACAUCCCACAGGAGCCUGGUGCUUGCUGGGAUCAAACUGGAGAUACCACUCCAAUGGGUUUGCAGGAUAUGUCUUUGGAGGAGAAGGAGGCCUUUACGACAGAAAUCAAUUCUCCCCUUAAGCCACCAACCCAGAACAAAGAGGCUCACCAGGUCAACGCGAAUGGACGAAAGGCUUCGCUGUCCCAAGGAGCCUCUAACAAUUUUGGUGUUAGCUCCCCCUCUUCUGCCACACGACCGGGGGCUCGCCGGCGAGAGACCCUUGAAUCGAAUCCGUUUGGAGGAAGCGCCACGGCCUCACCCACGGCCGCGGGGCGCUUCUCUCGAGACGACCCCUCCUUCUGGUUCCCCCGCAAGAACACUGAUCUCAAGGAAUCCGAGGCGGACGAGUCCGAUACUGAACCCACCUCCCGUGAGGCACCUGGAAAGCUGCCGCCCUUUGCAUCUCUCAUGAGGUCGAACACGGGUGGAAUUGGACCUAUGGGCUCCAUUUGGCCACCAUCUAACCAGACCACGCCCGGAGCCGGAGGAUUCGGCAACUUUGCUCUCCCCUCCUCAUCCGCCGUCGGUGACAAACGCGUGGGUGGAGCGCCUGGUGGAAGCAGGUUGGCCCAUCUCAUGCCCAAGGAUAGCUCGGAAAACGUUGCAGGCAAGGCUGUGGAGAGCCCGAACCCGCUCAACCAGCAGUCCUGGCGAUCUCGUCCCCGAACUGACACGGAUCCAUUUGGCGAUGAUGGUCUCUCAGGCAGCGCUGUUCUUGGGGGAGCGCAGGAUACUGACGCCGCUGGGCUACAACAGGGCAACCGAGCAGGCACUCUAGGCACCCCGAUCAAGGGAUCCACGGGCGAUUUUGGCAUGGCGGGCUUGAACCUUAGUGGCCACGGAGAUGACAAUGGCCCUGUGAGCCCUUCCGAGACUAACCCCUACCGCAGCCCCCCCGCCGAACGCCACGGUCAUGACGACGAGACUGGUGAUGAGAAGUCUCAUGGUGCCAGCCUUCAAGAUGCUCCCUCCAACUUUGGCUCCAUUGGACGCGGCUUUGGUGGUUAUGAUGGAGGCGAUCGUAGCCAAACUUCUAGUGUUGGUGCCAAAGGCUAUCCCUCUCUGAGCACUCUCUCUGGCUGGCCCGCUCCUGGUGGCCCUACUAUUGGUACCCCGGACCGCGAGCGGCCUAACCUGGGUAGUGCUUUUGGCAGCUCUCUAUUCAGCCCUAUUGGCGAUCUUCAGUCACCCGGAUUGUCCAACCUCAACAACGUCUUUGGUCCUGGCAGCGCUGGUGGUCUCGGGUCUGGAAGCAUCAGCCGCGGGAGCAAGAUGGGUUCUCUUUUCCCCGCGGCGAUGCAGGCACAGAUGCAGGCUCAUGAGCACGACAACAACCUGUCUGAUUCCAUGCCCGACCUUAGGCAGACCAACCCUCUCGGUGCCAUUGGCCGCGGCAACUUUGGUAUUCCUUCCCGUGACACGGAGAGCCCAAUGCGAGCUAGCCGCGGUGUGUUUGAGGACCUCUUCCCUUCGGGUGACGCUGCUCGAUCUCAGGGUGUUUUCAGCACUGGUGAGGCUGGCCAUUCCGGUAUCACCGCCACUGCGCCCCAGUCAUUCACCCCCGUUGGCGGCGGCCUGCCCUUUGGAGGUAGCCAAGGUGGUGCUGAAACUCCCGCUGCCCAAGUUCGCCAGAUGGUCAUGCCUGACAGGAUGAGGUGGGUGUACCUUGAUCCCCAGGGGCAGGUCCAAGGCCCAUUCACUGGUCUUGAGAUGAAUGAUUGGUACAAGGCCAACUUCUUUACUCCCGACCUCCGUGUCAAGAAGGUCGAAGAUCCUGAAUUUGAGCCCCUGGGACAGCUCAUCCGACGAAUUGGCAACUCUCGCGAACCAUUCCUGGUUCCUCAGAUUGGCAUCCCUCAUGGACCUCCCACCCAGGCCGGGCCUUUCUCCCCUACAGGGACCACUGGUGUUGUGCCUCCCCUCAGUGGCGUAUUCCCCAGCUUUGGACGUACCCUCACGGCCGAAGAGCAGAACAACCUUGAGAGACGCAAGCAGGAAGAGCAGUAUCUCAUGGUCCAGCAGCGGGAAUAUGUUAUGCGCCAGCAAGCCAUGUCCAAGUUCCAGAUGCCAGGACCCAUGCUCCAGCAUCACUCGAGCGCUCACAGCCUCCAGAGCCAGCCCAGCUUUGGCAGCAUCACCUCCCCAAACCCCAUUGGAAUGCCUCCUCACCAACAACCCAUUGGCGCCGUGCCGCCUUCGGGGGGGUUCUUUGAUGGGCCUGGACCCGUUGGCCCUCAAACCUCUGCACCCUCGGGUUCGGGAAACGGGGAUCCUUUCAGAGACGAUGACCUAGCCAACCUCACCAACGCUGAGCGCCAGGUUCUCGCCUCUCUUCAGACUUCUGGUGCUGGUGCCCCUCAGCCAAUUGGCGCGCCCGCCCCCGAUGCCAACCUCCGUACUGGCCUCCCUGAGACCGAUACGCUCGAACAAGACCCUGAGGGAUUCAAGGAGCGCCUGCAGGAAUUUGAGGAUCUUCGAGCUCAGCAUGAAGCCGAGCAGGCGGCCAGGGCCGAGGAGACCCCCGAAGAUGACAAUGCCGAGGAGAGCUCUCCUGCUCCCGAGACUACUCCUGAAGCCGAACGGCCUGCUGAGGUUCCAGUUCUGACCGGCAAGGCUGCCCGCGCGGCCAAGAAGAAGGCAGCUGAGGACGCAUUGUCUCUCACGCAGCAAGUUCAGAAGACUCAGGCUGCCGCUGCUGCUGCUGCUGCCGCCGCCGCUCAGCCGGCUGAGCCCGACAUGCCGAUGCCUUUCCCUCCUCCCGCCUCCACGGGCACCCCUCUCCCAGCCCCGACCGCACAGCGGGCUCGUUCCAACCUGCCUGAGCAGUACAACCGUUCGCAGACUGGAACCCCCGACACCAGUGCCUCGGCCAAUGCUCAGCCGCCACCCAUGGCUCCAUGGGCCAAGGAUCCUGGCGCUGAGGGACACAAGGGCCCAAGCCUGAAGGAAAUCCAGGAAGCUGAGGCUCGUAAGGCGGCCAAGGCCGAGGAGGCUGCUGCUGCUCAGAGGAAGGCCAUUCUCGAGCAGGAGGCUGCCGCUCUUCGUGAGCGAGAGAAGUCUGCUGCGGCUGCCAAUGCUGGCCUGCCUGCUUCUAGCACCUGGGGUCACGGCUCUCCUGCACCUUCUGCUAGCCCCUGGUCUAAGCCUGGUCCCUCCAAGGGAACUACAUCUGGCUCUACUCCAUCGGGUUCAUCUUCCAACAAGAAGACUCUGGCUGAAAUCCAGCGUGAGGAGGAGCUCCGCAAGGCAAAGGCCAGCCAGGCUACCGUCCAGUCCGGCACCCCUGCCAGCGUAUCCAAGAGCUACGCCAACCUCGCUGGCAAGACCGGCCAGCCGAUCCUCACCAAUGCUGCUUCGGCCGCCGCCGCUGCUGCUGCUGCCGCUGCCGCCCCGCCCCCUGGAAGCGGAUGGGCUACCGUCGGAGCCGGUGGCAAGGUCAAGAUUCCCACCGGCCCGUCCUCUCAGGGUCGAUCGGUCAGUGCCGCCAACAUCAAGCCUAUCUCUUCGCCCGUCAAGCCAGUCUCCAAGCCUGCGACUUCUGGUAACGGUAAGGCCGACACUGGCAACGCCGCCAUGGACGAGUUCAACAAAUGGGUCGGCCAGGAGCUGUCCCGGGGAAUCACUAGUGUUAACGACAUUGCCAGCUUCCAGGCUACCCUCAACAUCCUCCCUCUAGACUCGGGCUUGAUUGCGGACGCCGUCUACGCCAACUCUACCACCAUGGAUGGUCGCCACUUCGCCGAGGAGUUUAUUCGCCGCAAGAAGCUUGCUGAGCGUGGUGUCGUUGAGAAGCAGCCCGCCGAUUCCAAGGGCGGAAAUGGCGGUGGCUGGAACGAAGUUGCUAAGAAGGGAAGCUCGAACAACGCCGCCGGCGUCGCUGCCGGACCCCGUGACGAUGCCAGCAUGCAGGCCGCCGGUUUCAAGGUGGUGCCUGGCCGCAAGAAGGGAAAGAAAUAG